CUCUCUCUCUCUCUCUCUCCCUCUCUCCCUCUCUCUCUCUUCCCUCACUUCCUCUUCCCUCUGCUUAGCAGUGUGUCUGUUCCUUCUGUAACAUAGUCCUGUGCUGCAGUACACUCUCUGCAACCUUCAGACAGUUAAACAGGGCUUUCUGCUGAGUCUGGAAGGAGAGGCCCAGGGGGCAUCAAUGGAGGGUCCAAGCGCUGCCACCCCGUCUGGGGAGGGUCAGCAGGGGCAGCUCGGCAAGCCCACAGUCGCCACGAGUCCCGAGGAGACCAGCGGCCCCAGCUCCUGGCAAACCGACAGCCUGGCUUCAUCAUGGGCCACGGUGGGCACACUGGACCCAGACGAGGCCAAAAGCCUGGAGGCCGGCGAGUCCCUGCUUCUGGCCGAGGAGCGCAGCGAGAACCACUCCUCCAUCUCGGACAUCGUCCACCUGGAGCGGGAGGAGGCCGAGCUGCUGGAGGAGGCCGAGCGUCAGGAGGAGGCGCGCUCUCUGCGGGACGCGGAGGUGGAGGAGGAGAUGGCGUCCCGCGGGGUGGGGGUGGAGGAGCUCCAGGGGAGCGUGAUGAGCGUGCUGGGCACCGAGAGGGAGCUGGCCGAGCUGCGGGCGGAGCAGGAGGUCCAGGCGUGGCGCGGGGAUGCCCCCGGCCUGAAGGCGCCAAAGACUAUGGAUCUGCUCAUGUCCGUGGAGGAGCCCGAGCUCCAGGAGGAGCCCGAGGAAGUCGUCUGGCCUCUUCUCAGUUCAACGCCCCCGCCCGCAAUCCCAGAGCCACCGGCGACAGCCACGGUUCCUCUCCCUGUCCCCACCGUGUCGCCGCCGGUCCUUGUAGAUCCAGAAUUCAAACCACUCAAAGAGGUACCUUCAUUACAGCCUCGGCUAGAGCCACAGCCACCGAGAAAAGCACACAAGGUGCCCCUGGUGGAGACCCAGAAAGAGCCCCUGGCAGAGCCUGUUGCCGCUCCUCUGGCUGUGGAGGAGUCCUUUGACAUCCCGACCAAGGAGGUUCCUGCGACACAAGAACCUGAGCCAGACGUACCUCCCUCUUCUGCCUUCGAGCUCUCCUCACUCCUCUAUGGCAGCGCCGCCCUGGUGGCUGUAAUGGGAAUAGUGGCUUAUGGUGCCCUUGCACUCAGUCGGAAGUAGCCGACACUUCUCCACCCCACACUCCUUCAACUUAAAAAUGGACAUCAGUAGUUUUUUUUGUGAGACUGUAGAUUUUCAACAAGAUAUGUGAAAUGUUAUUACAUUUAAAGUAAAACAAAAA